UUUAAAAAGGCAGAGGGCUCUUGUCUUAGGAGGCUCCUGGCUGGCUGAUUCGCAGAGGUUGUGGGCUGACUGUCGCACUGAACACUCAAUCCCCAGGUAAAAGGGUUUGGUUUCUUUGCAGAACCAUGGGCGGCAAGAAGAAGGAGAUUGCUCUGCAGGUCAACAUCAGCACCCAGGAGCUUUGGGAGGAAAUGCUGAGUUCCAAAGGACUAACUGUUGUGGACGUCUAUCAAGGCUGGUGUGGCCCCUGCAAACCUGUGAUGAGCCUCUUCCAGAAGAUGAGGAUUGAGGUUGGCUUGGACCUUCUGCAUUUUGCUAUGGCAGAGGCAGACUGUCUUGAUGUCCUGGAAAAAUACCGUGGGAAGUGUGAGCCCACCUUCCUAUUUUACGCAGGAGGAGAACUGGUGGCUGUGGUCCGGGGGGCGAACGUCCCACUGCUGCAGAAGACCAUUCUCAACCAGCUGGAGGCCGAGAAGAAGGUGCUGGCUGAAGGCAGAGAACGGAAAGUGAUUAAAGAUGAGACUCUUUCUGAUGAAGAUGAGUGUUCUUACCAUGAAAAGGAUGGUGAUGAAGAUGGGAAUAUAGUGUCACUGGAGAAGGCCUGCACCUUGGCAAUCAUUAAGCCGGACGCAGUGGUCCAUGGCAAGGCUGAUGAAAUUAUCAUGAAGAUCCAGGAAGCCGGAUUUGACAUUCUGUCAGAUGAAGAGAGGACCCUGACUAAGGCGGAAAUGCAAGCUUUCUACCAGCACAGAGCAGGCGAGGAGGCAUUUGAAAAACUAAUAAAUCACAUGUGCAGUGGACCAAGCCAUCUCCUGAUCCUCACCAGGACUGAGGGCACCGAGGAUGUAAUUACCGCUUGGCGAAGCUUCAUGGGGCCCUGUGACCCCAAUGUGGCCAGGAGGGAGCGUCCUGAAAGUCUCCGGGCUCAAUAUGGCACAGAAAUGCCCUUUAAUGCUGUGCAUGGAAGCUGGGACAGAGAAGACGCCUACAGAGAGCUGGUCUUGCUCUUCCCCAGCUUCAAGUUUUCAGAAAAAGACACAGAAGUCCUGCAGGGUGAUGAGACUGAAGGAGCGGUGGACCCCACACAGGGCCUCUAGCAUGAGGUCAAGGUCACAAGGCCACAAGGUGAAAUGUCAGCGCACUCCCAUCUGCACAGAAGAAACUUCAGAGGAAGACUUCUCUUUAGACCACCAGUGUUCUUGGUCUAGCUCUUUUGUGGACAAUGAAAAUGGCAGUCUAUGCUUUGCUCUUAUUAAGCAGUACUCAGAACACACCCUACACUCCAGUCUUUGGCUUAAAUUUAAAAAGUAAGUGGACGUGAGUCACUGUGUUCUGUCAAGAUGUGGCUUCACCUUAAGAGGACACAGGAUCUCCCCAACAAUAAAUCUGUUUUUGAUCCUA